GCUGUAACGUUAGCAACCACGCUGAGAGACAGGAGCGGCUUGUCCUCCGAAAUAUGUCUUUAAAAACAGACUGAAUCCAUCGCCGCAGCGUCAAAAACAGGCGGAUCUACCUGGAAAAAAAGCGCCGUGUUUUAAUCGAGCCGACUGCUCUGUGAGCAAUGCCGCUAGCGUCCAGCUGUGACUGCCCCCACCUGGACUGCGUGGGGGAGAUCACCAAGGAUGAACUUAUUCAAAAAUCCCAUGGCCAGUGCCAAGACUGUAAAGUCAGAGGACCAAAUCUUUGGGCGUGUCUAGAGAAUGGCUGUGCAUAUGUGGGCUGUGGAGAAUCUCAUGCUGACCACAGCACUGUCCACUCGCAGGAGACCAGGCACAACCUCACCGUGAAUCUGACCACGCUUCGAGUGUGGUGCUACGCAUGUGGAAAGGAGGUUUUCCUGGAGCGUAAACUGGGUCCUCAUGCAACGCAUGUCAACAUCAAACCCCUCCCCUUACUGCAGAACGCCGCACAGGACAACAGCAAGGCACCUGGGAGCCCAACCCCUCUGAGAGUGCCCGCUAAUGGAAUUUGUGAAGAUCUGGACAUGGAGACGGAGGAGGAGGAUGACCUACGUGCCAAGGGCCUGACAGGGUUGAAGAAUAUCGGCAACACCUGCUACAUGAAUGCUGCCCUCCAGGCCCUUUCCAACUGCCCGCCCUUGACACAGUUUUUUAUUGAAUGUGGUGGCCUGGUGAGAACGGACAAAAAGCCUGCCCUUUGCAAAAGCUACCAGAAGUUGGUGUCUGACCUGUGGCAUAAAAACAGACCUUCCUAUGUGGUCCCAACCAACUUGUUCCAGGGGAUCAAAUCCAUAAAUCCCAUGUUUAGAGGAUAUUCACAGCAGGACUCCCAGGAGUUUCUGCGCUGUUUAAUGGAUCAGCUUCACGAAGAGCUGAAGGAGCUAAUGGCAGAGCCCUAUGACCAGUCCAACAGCAUCACCAUGGAUGACAGCCCCGAGGAGGAUAACCACAGUCAGUCAGAUGACUUCCAGUCAUGUGAGUCCUGUGGCAGCAGCGAGAGGGCCGAUAAUGAGGGGCAGGGUGGGAAUGUGCUGAUGGACGACACCAACGAGGCAGAGAUGCUGAUUCCAGACCAGGAUGAGAUCCAAGCCAACAGGGAGUGGCAGAAGGAGAAGAACAUGAUUAAUGAUCUUUACCGCUCUGGGGUUAAUGUUAUAAUGGGAGGAAGCAUUGGAAUGGACAUCGACAAAGAUGUUGACACCACCACUGAGACCAAGCCCAUUAUCAGCACACAAGGAGCUAUCAAGGUCCAAAGAAGGUCAUCAGAUUGCUUUCCAGAUAUCCAAGUGUCCAACAACACAAGACCACAAAGUCCAAUCCCCACGGAGGUACACAUUCCCAAAAUGUCCAGCAGCCCUCCCAAAGCUGCUUCAGGCUGGCCCAGUCUCAACCCUGCGCACAAAAAAGCUAUCACCACAUUCUCCCCACCAAAGACCAAACGUCAGAAGAAAUACCGUAGUGUCAUUUCAGACGUCUUCGAUGGAACCAUUGUCAGCUCCGUUCAGUGCCUCACCUGUGAUCGGGUGUCUGUGACCCUGGAAAACUUCCAAGAUAUCUCGUUGCCCAUUCCAGGAAAGGAAGACCUGGCCAAGCUCCACUCAUCCUCCCACCAGACGUCCCUGGUAAAAGCUGGCUCCUGUGGAGAAGCGUAUGCACCUCAAGGCUGGAUAUCAUUUGUCAUGGAGUACAUCAAAAGCUGGUUCUGGGGACCGGUGGUUACAUUACAAGACUGUCUUGCAGCUUUCUUUGCCAGAGAUGAAUUGAAAGGGGACAAUAUGUACAGCUGUGAAAAAUGCAAGAAAUUACGAAAUGGCGUCAAAUUUUGUAAAAUGCAAAAUUUGCCAGAGAUCCUGUGUAUUCACUUGAAGCGCUUCAGACACGAGCUGAUGUUCUCCACCAAGAUAGGCACCCAUGUCUCUUUUCCACUCGAGGGCUUGGACCUGCAGCCCUUCCUGUCCAAAGACGGCUCCACCCAGACCACCAACUAUGACCUGCUGUCAGUCAUCUGUCACCACGGCACUGCCAGCAGUGGCCACUACAUAGCGUACUGUAGGAAUGAUGUGAACAAUCUGUGGUAUGAAUUUGAUGACCAAAGUGUGACCGAGGUGUCUGAAUCCUGUGUCCAGAAUGCUGAAGCCUACGUGCUCUUCUAUAAAAAGAGCAACGAGGAUGCAGUGAAAGAGCGUAGGAGGGUGUCGGGCUUAUUCAACAUGAUGGAGCCCAGCCUUCUGCAGUUCUACGUCUCCCGACAGUGGCUUAACAAGUUCAAGACCUUUGCUGAGCCGGGGCCUAUUUCCAAUGACGACUUCCUCUGUGUGCACGGAGGUGUGCCACCCAGUAAAGCAGCAUUCAUUGAUGACCUGGUAGUAAUGCUGCCACAGAAUGUGUGGGAUCACCUUUACAGCAGGUACGGAGGGGGCCCAGCCGUCAACCACCUGUAUGUUUGCCACACUUGUCAGAUUGAGAUCGAGAAACUAGAAAAACGGCGCAAGUCAGAGCUGGACAUGUUUGUCAGGCUGAACAAGGCCUUCCAGGAGGAGGAGUCUCCUGUGGUCAUAUACUGCAUCAGCAUGCAGUGGUUUCGUGAGUGGGAGGGAUUUGUCAAAGGAAAAGACAAUGAUCCCCCAGGACCCAUUGAUAAUUCCAAGAUAACGGUAAACAAGAAUGGCCACUUGAUACUAAAACAAGGUGCAGACUCGGGACAGAUAUCUGAGGAGACGUGGAAUUUCCUCCACUCCAUCUAUGGUGGCGGUCCGCUUGUGACUGUGCGGCCAAACAUCAGCCACCAGGAAGCAGAGUCAUCGCAGUCAGAGGAGAAGAUCGAGGUGGAGACGCGUUCUGUUUAAGAUAACACUUGACCGUAAAUGUUGAAAAAUAUUUAAGAAAUGAAAAAACAGCCUUUUAUUUUGCACUUGACUUUUAUUUCAAAAGCAUUCAAGCUAAGGACCUCAUCUUUACUACUUGACAGCCUUCAAUGGAGGGAUUUGACAUGUUUAAAAAGGUUUGUCAUGCUGUACAAAUAUGUAUAAAGAGCUCUUAAAUUUCUAUUAGCACUGUAGAAUUCACUUGUCAGGUUGUUUUUUCAGAACAAAGCAUUUAAAUUAUGUGCAGCUAAAAACUCUUCUGAAUGCCAUAUUUCUUUUUGUGAUUAAAAUGAGCACAUAUAUGUCCUUUUGUUGCUGAAUAAAUCACAAUACAUUUAGCUGUAUAUAAACACAUUUUUCCUGUUGUAAGAUAAUGUUGUCCACUAAAUGGCAAGGAGAGCAAAAAGAAACACUUCAAGUGAUAGACAUCAAAAGGUUAUGAAGGGACUAAUUUCUAACUAGUCUCAGGAAUGACUUGUUUUGCACUGUUCUGUAGGCGUACAAAUUGGUAUGCUCCAUGCAAAUGUCUGAUUUGUAUUUGAAUGUAUCAGUACUGAUAGUAUGUUGAUUAAAAUGCAGCACUUGGUUAUUCAUCACAUAAGGGGGUGAUUGAAUAAGAUGUCAAUAGAUUUUUUGUAUGAAAAAGGUGUGUGGAAGGCAGACUGUAAUGAAUGCAUGCUUAACACUCAAGCACAGUUUAACACCAUAUGUAACUGCAUGUAAAUGCAAAGCUGCUCAUAAAAUGUGCACGCAAUCUGGAUCUAUCUUCAUUACAUUGUACAGCCAUAGAAAUUGUAUUCUAUGUUAUCAGCAUCAUCAUCAAUCAAAUUAAUGAAAGGCAUUAUUUUUGUGUAUGGGCAUGGUGUUGCUUAAUGUUUUGGCUGACAAGUCAACAGAAUGCUGUUUUUUUUUUUUUUUUUUUAAUGCAUUUAGAUCUGUCCUGAUUUUUGCUGGCUGGCUGACACUAUUAAAACUUGAUGAGAACAUAAACAUUUUCCCUCUGGAUUCUGUCACUCAUGAUGGCUGAACUUGGAGAAAAAUAAAAGGAGAGACGUCCAUUA